CACUGCAGAUUCAUUAUGGAGCUUGUCCCAAAAACCAAGUACACCCACUUUCGGAGCGAAUCACUGAGCUCAACUGAUGAAACAAACUCCAAUCCAUCAUCUUCCAGUCCUGCCACCCCGCUCACUCCCUCCCCUGGUUUACCUUCUUCUCUCUCCUCCUCGUCUCUCACUCCCAUCUUGCCCCCCUCUUCUCCCCGCCCGGCUGAGAACAGCCCCACCACCCUCUGCUCCUUCUUCCCCAGGAUGGGAUCCCUUCGUCUGGGGGUCUCUGCCACUCUUCUCCCAGGACUCAAAGCUUCAAGCAGGCCACAGCAUCCUCAGGCGCCUGUUGAGUCCUCUGGGGACGACAGGAGCAGCUCUAGCUCCCCCACCCCACUUCAUCACCCACUCCCCCCUCUAAUCAUUCCUUCUCCCCCUCCCCGACCUCCUCUGCAGGACAUGAACCGGCUGGGAGGGGCGUCCAGGAGGGCACGGGUGGAAGGAGGGCAGCUGGGAGGAGAUGAGUGGACGCGCCAUGGCUCCUUUGUCAACAAGCCCACCCGUGGCUGGCUGCACUCCGACAGUGUGGUCAGCACCAGCGGUGUUUCCUAUACUGUACGGUACAUGGGUUGCGUUGAGGUGCUACAGUCAAUGCGAGCGCUGGAUUUCAACACCAGAACUCAGGUCACCAGGGAGGCUAUCUCUGUGGUUUGCGAGGCCGUGCCCGGAGCCAAAGGAGCCCAGCGCAGGAGAAAGCCUUCCUCUCGCUGUCUGUCGUCCAUCCUGGGGAAGAGUAACCUGCAGUUUGCUGGCAUGACUAUCAGUCUCACCAUCUCGACCAGCAGCCUCAACCUACUGGCCUCGGACUGCAAACAGAUAAUCGCCAAUCAUCACAUGCAGUCCAUCUCCUUUGCCUCUGGAGGAGACCCAGAUACGGCAGAGUACGUAGCAUAUGUGGCCAAAGACCCAGUCAACCAGAGAGCUUGUCAUAUCUUGGAGUGUUCAGAGGGUUUAGCCCAGGAAGUCAUCAGCACCAUCGGCCAGGCCUUUGAACUACGUUUUAAACAGUACCUUAAGAACCCCCCCAAACUGGUCACACCUCAUGACAGAAUGGCUCCAUUCGACGGCUCUGCAUGGGAGGAAGAAGAUGAUGAGGCUGCUCCACCUCCUGACGUCCCUUACUACAAUCAUUUCCCUGGAAAACAGCCUCCUCCUGGUGGACUGAUUGACAUGAGGACCCGCCCAGGUGCCACGCUGCCUUAUGGACAGCCAGGUCAGAGUGACAUUCACAAGCAACCUCUGCCGCCUCUACCAGUGGGUGCUAAAGAAGGGGGACGGGAACUGUUUGAUGACCCUUCAUACGUCAAUGUGGAUAAACCACGCCCCCCAGUUGCAGCCAAUGGAAAUGCUCACAGAGAUGCUUUUGACAUGAAACCCUUCGAUGAUGCCCUGGGGGUGUCUGGGCACAGUGGCCCAAGCUCAGUGACAACAGCACCCCCUCUUGUGCAGCAGCUGCAGUGUGAGUCCUGGUUCCAUGGUAGCUUAAGUCGCAGGGAAGCAGAGAGACUGCUGACCCGCGAUGGAGACUUCCUGGUGCGAGAGUCUGGGACCACGCCUGGACAGUACGUCCUCACGGGACAGCAGGGGGGUCAGCCUAAACACCUGCUACUAGUCGACCCAGAAGGAGUGGUCCGUACAAAAGACCAUCGGUUUGAAAGCGUGAGUCACCUGAUCAGUUACCACAUGGACAACAGACUCCCCAUUGUGUCAGCUGGUAGCGAAGUGUGUCUGCAACAGCCUGUAGAGCGCAGGGCCUGACCUUCCACGCUAAUAUAAUACUCCACCAAAUAUACGCACUCCUGCAGCAAUUCAACUCACCUUCAUAUGCUAUAAUACACACAUAUCAACACUACACGUAACACACACACAUACACAAACAUGCACACAUCAUAGCAAAGAAAGCCAAAAAGAAAGAAAUUACCAGUUCACUCUUGCUGCUGUUGCCACAUUUUCCUGUCCUUUCUGAAAUGCAAACUGUGACCCUGCAGUCCUCAAUCCCACCACUCAUCAUUCUCAUUCCUCCACAACGGAGAAGCACUGCUGCAAUUUUUCAACAGCCUACUGUGAACCAGGGAGGAGCCCUUUGCUAAUUUCAGAAAAGGGCAGAAAAUAAAUGCAAGAAAAAAAAUAAUCUUAUGCGAUAACGAAAAAACAAACAAAAGCUGAACACUUUACUAAUACAUGGAAUCGUGUACAAAAAAAAGUGGAACUGAAAAGUGAAGAAAGAGCGGUGAUGGGACAUCGAAUGGGAUUUUUAGUGCUUUUAAGCAUGUGUUCUUUUCUCUCGCUGCUGGAGCAUAUUAGACAAAACACAAACUGGAUGGCAGUGGUUAUUUGUUUCAGAGACUGAACCAGGCUCGAACAUAAACUCUCCCGUCACUGGAGCACUUCAGCAGCAAACCUGACUGCCUGGUGAAUAUGCAUAAAUGAGUUUGCUCCAAGUCUAAUCAGGAGGGCCACCUUACCCCCAAGCACUCCCCUUUUAAAUGAGUUUUGAACUUUAACCCCUGGAGUGAUACCUGGUGAUGAGGAAAGCCUGUAUGCAAAACUGGGGACUGCUAUGCCAAUGACCAUGAUAUAUGAUCUUUUUUUUGUUUAUUUCUGUCUUUUAUCUUGGAACUCUUUACUUACUGGAGUUUAGGAGGAUCUAAAAAGCUGUAUCUCCCUAAUUCCUCUGUACACACACACACAAAUACACCUUUCACCGUAUGCGAUCUGCACCACCUGUCAUGCCAAAGAACAUGAACUUGGUCGCUAACGGCAGAGAAAGCCAUGAAAAUUAUCAACAGUUAUCUGUCUUGUGUGCUUACAGCAUCUGGAGCUAACUUAAAUGUAAAGGAUAGAGAUGCAUAUUAAAAUGGGCCUGUUUCAGAGGGGAGAAGAAUCUUGGUGAAUACAAAAAGGAGAUGUUUAAAGUAAAUUGUGCGUUGAUGUCACCUACAAACACAAUAAGUUGUCCAUUUUGAGAAGCAUAGACCAGAUUAUUUUGACCUGUUGCUUUUUAUUGACUCUUUGGUAUGUGUCUGCAUUGACAAUCUAUGGGUUCUAUCUUUACAGAGUAUUUUGACUGAAAGCAAAGGAGAGUAGUUAAAUAAAACCACUUUAAAUGGUGGCCAAUGAGAAAUGUUGAACAGUCUGAGCAAUGAAUUUCCCUCUGCAAAAAUAAUGCAAAAUAUGUCAUAACUGGUUAUGUAUUUUCUGUUUUAAUUUUUGUGUAUUAUGUUGCUUUAAUUUUUAAUUACUUGAGGGAAUAAUGUCCUUUUAAAAAAGAAAAACAAAUUGUAUCACAUUAAGUGGUUCGGGGGUAACUGAACAUAAGGACAUAAAUGUUUUUUGGAGCAUUUCUAAUGCUAAUAUGAAAUGUUAAGCCAAAUGUUUCUCCUAAGUGUGCUGUUUUCACCAAUAUUUGAGGAUUGGGGGGGCGCUUCUUCCUCCUCCCUUAGUUCAUGGUGUUAGGUUUGUUUUUAUAUGUCUUUUUAAUCGUGCCUUGUUUCUUCAAUGCAGUCACGUCACUUCAAUGCAGUCACCUUAUGUACUUAAUUCAAAUGUAGUCGACUACAGGAGAAUACACACGCCUCUCAGUUAAACAAAGACUUUGCAAAAAUGACACUCCAUUAAACACACACAAACAGAUCCAGUGAUGGCAAUCUCCUGUGAUGCACAUUCUUGCAUUCAGCUUAUAGUCACAGAUACUUGAUGUCUCCACUGGGGGGGAGGGGAGUUCUUGACCAUCUGUAAAUAACGUCAGUUUUUUGACUGGUCAGCUUAGUAUUGGAUUAUUGAUUUCAUAGUUGUGUAUUUAAAGACUUAUUUGAUAAGAAGCAGAGCCAGACACCAACCACUGGGGUAGCUCUUCUUAAAGCCAAUUGAACUUAUGGUUGAGCUUGAGGCUGAACUCUUGAAAUAUGAGAAAGGAUCUUUCAACCUAAACCUUAACUGUCAACUAAUACUCAGACCCUGAAAUGGGCUCAUAUGUAGUCUAGCAUGCACACACACUCACACACACACAUCAGAGUGACCGCUGGGUCAGUCAGACACUCACACGCUGCCUGUUCAGGUGUUUGUAGGUCAGAUAUAGGAAACCAGAGCUUUAAGUUCUUCCAUUACUGUGCGUGUGAGUGUGUCCUGAUCCACCUGACCCUCUGCAUCAUUAGUGAACCAGCCCCGUGUUGUCAUCACUCAUCACAGAUGCCUUUUGUUGCAUGAAAAUCCUUUUUAAAAAAUGUCUUGUUUGGUGGUGGUGAUAGUGUUUAUGAUGCUGUUGCAGUUUUGUGUUUUUGAAAGCCAAAGGUUACUUUCAAAUAGCGUGAACAGAUAUUGAUUUUUACUUUAUAUGUUUCUGUUUUAAUACUUUUUUUGUUCUUAGGGAAACAUGUCGGUUCACACUUGUAUCUGAAAAUAUAGAUUGCGUAUAUAAAUACAUAUAUCAUUCA